AUCCAGAUUCAUGAGUUCCAGCUUGGUGUCGUACAGACGAACAGCGGAGCCUCAGUAAUAAGGUAUUUAAUACAUGUUCUAGUCGUUUUAUCUGUAACUUGGUUAGUAAAUGGGCAGCCUGGAAAAUGUGAUCAAACACCUGCGCAGGCGUCAGUCUUGGAGCCUUCGGAGGAUAAGGGGAUAUUCCACUUGGAAAUACAAAACGCACUGAUAAAAGAUGACAAAACAUAUUACACGCCGGAUCAAACAUAUGUUUUAACAAUUUUUACGACGAUGCCGAGCCGUCCGUUCCGCUGGUUCAUGAUAACUGCCGAAGACCCAGAUGUGGACAAGAACGUUUUUGAGUUCAGCCAUAAAAACAUUGACGUUGGGACUUUAAAAACUUUGGAUAUCGACAAAUCGCGGUACAGCGAGACGUGUUCCAGUUCUGUGGAAAAUGCGGACAACUCGGACAAGACUAGUGUUGAGAUCCAUUGGGUAUCACCAAAACACAGUACGAAGAAUCAAACAGUUCGCAUCCGUGCCAUGGUUGCGGAGAACAAUGAAGUGUGGUAUGCAGGUGACAACCUCACCGUGGUACUCCAUAAGAAUACUGAGAAAUCUCCUGACAGCCCUCCGUACUUACCUGUGAAGGUUUGUAACCUCUGCAGUGAAGCCAGAUAUGAGGUGAUUUUUACUGGUAAAUGGUCAAGAGUGGCGCAUCCCCGCCAUUAUCCGAGCAAGCCUGAUGAGAACGGCUACAGCCACAUGAUAGGCGCGUCUCAUGCGUACAACUACACCCUGUGGCAGCAGGGAGCCAGCGCCAGUGAGGGUCUGCAGAUGCUGGCAGAACAGACAGACGGGCAUUUAUUGGAGAGAGCGAUUAUUGCUGAGAUGGCUGAAAAAACCGGCACUAGAACUUUGAUUAGAGGGAAGAGGCGUCACCAUCCCUUCAUGUCAGAGCCCUCCCAUUCUCUCUUCAGGGUCGACAGAUACCACCACCUGUUCUCCAUCGCUGUGGGCAUGAGGCCUUCCCCAGACUGGUUCCUGGGUACCUCCAAGUUUGAGCUCUGUACUAAAGAUGGAUGGUUGGAAGAAAGUGAAAUACCACUCUAUCCCUGGGAUGCGGGGACUAUGGAUGGCGUUUCGUAUGAGUCGCAAAAAACCGUAUCGACACCAAAAGAUAACGUGGACCGGGUCGAAGUGGGAUCCUUUAACAAAGACUCGCCUUUCUACCAGAUGAACUUAAACGAUCUGAAACCAUUUGCCAUGCUGAAGGUCAGAAGAAUUGACGUGUUCCCUUUGAUAGGAGCUGACUGCAGCGAAGAUGAGGAGACGGAGACAGACAAAGAGGAUGAGGCUGUACAAGAAGGUGAAGAUGAAAACGAAGAGGACGAUGAGGAAGAGCAAGAAGAGCCGGUGGCCGCGGAAUCCAGGUUGAAACCCAAGCCGAUCUGUCCCCCCGGUGAAUGGGGACCCUGGUCUCCCUGCUCAACCAGCGACGGUGACUGUGGGACCGGCUUCAGUACCAGGACAAGAGAGAGAGUCGACAGGAACCUGUUCUAUGACUAUCAAGAUAAUCCGCAAGCGCAACCGCUGAGCAGCAACUGUGAAGGUGAUCAAGAUGCUAAACUAAUUGAAUAUCGAAACUGUUUUGUAGACUGUUAUUAGAAUGGACGCAUAAUAAACUAUUUAGCUACAGGAAUA